UCUCAGGCUGCCUUUCUCUUCGCCUCCGAGCCUCGACUCAGUUUUCACGUCAGCUUCACCCGGGAACAACAUACAGAAUGUCCUGAAGACACGCGGCCAAAACACUCGUGUGUAUUCCUUUCUGCUCUUCUCUCUCUCAUUCUUUCUGCUCCUGCAUGGUGACAGAAAAAGGACAAGCCUCUUACUGGCGAACAUGUAACCUUGAAGAUAUCAGCUGUGCAUCUUUUAAAAAAAAAAACCAAGACAAUUUUCGCAUUUUUGAGGAUUUUCGGGGAAAGUGCAAUAAGGUGAAAUGUUAUUGCCGCUACUGUUACUGGGCAUGGCCCUGUCCGUAAUAGGCGGCUACGUGCCACCCGGGCCGAGAUUUGGAUGUCCCAAAGACCCGAUUUACAUUUACCCCUGCACGUGUCUUCGGGGUAGCGACAGGGGUUUAUACAUCCGUUGCGAGAAUACGAAUCUAGCCAGUCUCAGCCUCGCCUUCACGAAUCUGGGGAAUGAGGGCAUGCCAAUCGAGGAACUGGUUUUGUAUAAAUGCAACAUAGUACGAUUUUACGGACCAGCUCUGUAUCCAUUGGACGUACGAGUGUUGAAGUUUAUCGAUACGCCGCUGAGAUUGAUCGAGGAGCACAGCUUUCUCGGUGUGAAUAGGACUCUUCAGGAGCUCCAUGUGAUAAACAGCAAUUUAGAGAAAUUUCCACGCGAAGCACUGCAAGUUCUCGGCAAUCUCAGCCUGUUAAUUAUCAGCGGCCACCGGAUGUCUAUUUUGCCGGGGAAUAGUUUCAGUGAAAGCGCGGCGGCAGCAAAGUUAGAAAAAUUGGAGAUUAGUAACGGUACACUAUCUUCUUUACCUGUCGAAGCAUUGACACCGCUUAAGAAGUUAAAAACGCUUGAUCUUCAUGGCAAUAAGAUAAAAGAUCUAAAGAGAAAUCAGUUCAAAGGUCUGAGAGAUACCGAAUUUCUGGAUCUCUCUCACAAUUUGAUUGACAAAUUGGACACAUCUCAUUUGGCAGAUCUUGUUAAGAUGGGAUGGUGCAACAUGUCGCACAAUGCUAUCUCCGACUUGAAGAGAGGAACCUUCGCUCGAAAUUCCGUCUUGAAGGUCCUGAAUCUGAGCCACAAUAAAAUUAGAAAGUUGGAUUCCAACACUUUUCGCGGCAUGCGUUUUCUCAGGCGAUUGUAUCUGAGCGACAAUCAAAUCAAUGAUGUGGGUCGUGGAACUUUUGGUUCUGUAACAAGAAUUGGUACCAUCGAUCUUUCUCGGAAUUUCAUCAAAAAGAUCGACUUUCAAAUGUUCAAUCAGCUGCAAUUCGCUGAGCUUCUAGAUGUUUCCGAGAAUUUCGUGACAAUCGUGGAAAAAUUGGCGUUCAAAGAUAUCUACUUGGCAAAAGUUAAUCUGUCUCAUAAUGAGAUCUCGAAGAUCGAAGCAGGUGCCUUCGAGAACUGCGUGAAUAUUACGUCACUAGAUUUCAGCCACAACAAACUCGAUAAUAUCUCGAAGUAUUCUUUUGAUAGCGCGUCGUACGCUAUGGAAUUGCAGCUCAGUUAUAAUCUAUUUACGUCCCUUAAUCAAAUUCCGUUGCACAACAUGACGGGAUUGAAAAUAUUAAAUGUUUCUCACAAUCUGAUACACUCCGUUCCACGGCAGACUUUUCCUAAGCUGUACGAGCUCCACACGAUCGACAUUUCGCACAAUAAUUUAUCUGAGAUUUACAACGCCGUAUUUCAGACACUCUUCAGUCUGCGAUUUUUGAAUCUAUCGCAUAAUUCUCUGGAGAAGAUAAAGCCGUCAACUUUCGGGCCGUUGCCCACGCUUCUAGAACUCGAUAUGAGUUAUAAUCAAUUAAACGACGUCUCGCGAGGAAGUCUAACUCGUCUGGCUAGCUGCAGGAGUUUGACGGUGAAAAACAAUCGUCUGACAAAGAUUUUCCAACUGCCAAUUUCUCUAAGUCAUUUGGACUUCUCGGAGAAUUUAUUGGAAGAGAUUCCGAGUACCGAUGUGUGGCCUAGUAUGAACGCACUACUCUCGUUGGAUCUUUCGCAGAAUCAACUGGGCGAUAAUCUGCAAGAAGGAAGUUUCGAAAAUCUGCUGACCUUGAGGAUAUUAAAUCUGCAAGCAAACAACAUUACAAAGCCGCCCUGGCAAGCAUUGAGCGGUUUGAGCAGUUUACAAUAUCUUUAUUUACAAGAUAAUUACAUGACAAAACUAGAGAAGGCUGCCUUUGGUCGUUUGCCGAUAGUGUUCGAACUUAACUUGGCGAAUAACAAGAUAAACAAUGUAACAAGCCGCGCGUUCGAGGGCUUGUUACAGCUGUUGACACUGAACCUGACAAACAAUAACAUCAGUCACAUACCAAACGGUGCGUUCCAAGGUCUCGUGUCUUUGAGAACUCUCGAUCUAUCUUACAAUAGAUUGGAGAAACUGGACAACAAAACGCAUGGAUUGCUCGAUGACUGCCUGUCUCUGGAGAGGCUCAAUCUUAGCCACAACAAGAUUUCGUUUAUUACUCGAAAAACUCUGCCAAACGAUCCCUGGAUUCCUUAUAGGCUAAAAGAAAUUGACUUAUCUUACAACACAAUGCCGGUGGUGACUUUUGAUCUCGUUGCCGGUGCCAAAAAGAUUCAAUACUUGAAUCUUUCUUACAACAACAUUAAUGAAAUUAGGAGAUAUGUAAUUGGGAAUUUAACAUCUCUGGAGACUUUGGAUUUAUCGCACAAUGACAUAAGUGAUAUCUCCGAUCAAGAUGUUUUUUUACCGCCGUCAAAUUUAACCAAUUUAUAUCUGAGCAACAAUCAUCUAAGCUAUGUACCUCUCGAUAAGAUUUUACCGCUACCAAAUUUAAAAAUUCUCGACUUGGAAGGGAAUGAGAUCGGCGUUUUCGAUGAGAGGUUUAUGAAGAUUGUCAAGAACGGCACAGUGCUCAGAUAUUUUGGGAAUCACAUGCACUGCGAUUGUCACGUGCGACCAUUAAAGCGAUGGCUGAAGACUCAAACGCAGCUUCCUACUGAUUGGUCGAACGUGACAUGCGAGAGUCCAAAUUAUCUCGCAAACAAACCUAUUUCGGAGAUAACGGAGGAUCUCAUGAGCUGCGACGAGAGAGACAUUCAAGAGAAACCCGAACUCGAUAUCACACCCGAUGUGAAAUAUCGAAGUAUAGACUACAAUAAUGAGGACAAUAGCUGGAAAGCCACGUGGUAUGUGACGUCGCGCGAAGACAUUGGCGACUUUUACGUGGUGGUUCGAGAAUCGGGCAGCAGCAAAUCCAUGAUAGAGAAGGACGUCGUUUACAGCGAGCGUUCCUUCAGAGUUCACGAUCUGACCGAGUCCAACACCAAAUACGAGCUCUGCGUGCUCGCACGCGAUUCCGAGGGAAAUGUCAAACACUAUAGAAACUCGCAGUGUCAAAUCUUGAAUCAGCAUAACUCCAGUUCGUCCAUUAGUUUUAGGACGAAUUUGUACUUCGUCAUAAUCGUUGCUUCCUUCUGCAUUUUUGUGUGAAAUUUUAUUAAUGUGACAAAAAUAAUAUUUGCAACAUUUAGGAUGAUAUUUUACGUUCAGCACAGUAAAAUAUACAAGCGAUAAAGUAUCUUUACGCACGUCGCUAGCUUAAAAUUUUCAACUAUUUUGUUAUUUUAGGUUUCUAUCGUAUACUUUAUGUCGCGUUGAAGCGCGAAGCGAUAUAAUUGCGAAAUAAAUUAAUAUAUACAUAUAUCUAUAAAUAUGUAUAUCGUGGAUUGUACAUAAAUUAUUGUAUCUCGUUUAAAGAUAGGGACGUUGAACGUCGUGUAUUUAUUUUUGUAAAAUAUACAUAUUGUUCGAGUCAUA